GGGUUUAUGGUAUGGAUAGAGAAGUUUGUUGAAGUUGAUAGCUUUGGGAUUGUAAGGAUUAAGAGUGCUUUCUUAUUUUUGAAGUUUUGUCUAAUCAUCAUCUGAUCUUUACUAAUUUGAAUUGACAGCAAAAUCCUCUGUUUCUUAUAUUUUCGGGUCUGUAGAUGCGAAGUAAGUUUGAUUGUAAUGGGGUUUGCUCGUAAGUAUGAUAAGCGAGUUGCCUGAUGCACUGCUCUUAAAUAUAUUAUCGUUUUACUGUCUACACAAAAAAAAAGGUGUCAAAAUGGUUUUGUCAAAACAAUGGCAGUUUCUUUGGAUGUUAUAUGUGUCAGGAAGGUGAGAUUCUUGCGGUUUCUUAACAGUUCUUUGCUGUUGCCCGAGGCUCCGCUUUUACAGUUUUUCUUUACAACGUUCUGGUGCUAUAGAUCUUGGUGCAUGUGUUGCACCUGCUGUUAAAUCGUUGUGUUCGUGAGAUAAAUAUCGAGAUUGAUACUUCUUAUACUGAAACUCUAGCUAUAUAUACUUCCGAGGAGCUUGAUAUAGUCUGUAAAACGCUUGUGACAAUAAAACUGAAAAAUGGGGUUCUGUUGGAGUUCUUAGGCAUUGUUGAUUAUUAUACAGAUGGCUCUUAAAUUAUGGUUAGAUACUAAACAGAAAAUUAGUUGGUGUUUCACAGUGUAGUUAACCUAAUGAAUACAUACAUCAUACAUAGAUGAACACUUGGAAAAUAAAAAUGUAUUAAAAUAGUAAGGUCAGACUUUUGCUUGUACAAAUCCUAAGUGUGUUAGGAAAAGAGUUUUUUACCUUUUUAAAAAUUAUAAAUAGUCUUGUUAACAACGAGUUUGACUAGCAACCUGAGAGAGCUUUUGUCCAAAUUUUCAAAGAAUCACCGGCGAUGUUCUUUUGCUGCAUUAGGUAUUUUCUUAAUUUUGAAAUUUUAUUCUGAUCUUCGUAUUACCUAUUGAUUUGAAAUUCAAAAAAGAUAAACAGUUUUACUACUUGUUAUCACUAAAAGCAAAACAUAUGGCAGAAGAAUUUCUUAGAAAAUUGAUUAGUUUUGGAAGUUUCCUUUUGAUUUUUGGUUUAGGUUUUAAAGUGAAAGCUAAUUCCUAAUAUUUUCGUGUCUACCAAGGAAGAAAACUUUGAAGAUAAUCAAAGAGGAGUGGGAUCAUAUGGAUAGGAUAAGUGAGUUGCCUGAUGCGUUGCUCUUUGAAAUAUUGUCAUAUUUACCAACAAGAGAAGUUGUGACCACAAUGGUUUUAUCGAAACGAUGGAAGUAUCUUUAUACGUUUGUGCCAACACUUGAAUAUGAUCAUAACAGUUAUCCAGAUGGUGAGGACAGGAGCUUCUCGCGGUUUGUUUACAGUUCUUUGCUGUUACACGAGGCACCAGUUCUACAAGUGUUGUCUUUCGUACUUGGUCAAAACACUGGUUCUAUAGAUAUUGGAGUUUGUGUUAGAACCGCUAUUAAACGCCAUGCUCGUCACCUGAAUAUUGAGAUUGAUGAUACUUGUUCUGCUGAAACUAUCAAUCCAGUUAUACUUCCUACUAGCUUGUAUACAGGUUGUACAAUGCUUGUGAGUUUGGGGCUAGACAAUGUGGUUCUUAUGGAUUCGUCUUCCACGGUUUCCUUCCCAUCCCUCAAAAUUUUGGGCCUUCUAUCAGUGAAGUACCCAAAUAAUGAAUUUGUCCCCAAGAUUUUUGCUGGUUGUCCUGUUCUUGAAAAUUUAUUCGUGGACCGAUGCCCCGGUGACAAUGUGAACCUUUUCGUAGUUAGAGUGCCCACUUUGAAGAUCCUAUUGUUACAAAAAGUAUUGGACAUCCAUGCUGACGGGUUUUUAAUAGAUGCUCCUUGUUUGGAGCUCAUGGGGAUUAAUGUAAAUACGAAAGGAUUUUGUGGUAUUGAGCAUAAUAUGCCUAAGAUUGAUGCGGCAAGUAUGUGUGUUACUUGUAAUCGUACCGAACAGAUUCUUUCUUCUCUUACAUCACUCCAGCAACUUAGAUUAUGUUUAAUGACCUCAAAGGUAACCUUUAAAUGUUUUUUUUCUUUUAAAAGACCUAUCAUUCCCACUAAACUUUUGUUUACUCAUGUAUCUUAUGUAGGAUGCAUAUCCUGAAGGAUUAGCAUUUAACCGGCUUGUAGAAUUGACUCUGUGUACAUCUGAACCGGAAUGGUUGAAUCUACUUAUGCGUCUUCUCAAAGAUUCCCCCAAACUAAGAGUCCUCAAACUAGAACAGGUCCAUCUCCGUGAGGCUGUGAAUCCACGGCCGUGCUGGAACGAACCUACUCAUGUUCCUAGCUGUUUAUUGUCAAGUCUUGAAACUUUUCAAUGGUCACAAUACGAAGGAAGAGAAGAAGAGAUCAAAGUCGCGAAAUUCAUCAUAAGAAACUCUGCUUGUUUGAAGAAUGCAACUUUCUAUCCUAAAUCUACUGAUCCUGUAGAGAAGCUUGAGAUGCUAAUAGAAUUAUCAGUGUCACCAAGGAGUUCUUCAAUAUGUCAGCUUGAUUUCGGUCGUGAGACUCCUACAGUCAGGGACAUUUUUCAUGAUCACCGUUUGAUGAAGCGUUUAAGACAGACAUACCAGAAAAAUUGUGACAAAAAUGGUUUCCCUUAAACUCUACAUUAGAUGAUUUCUCUCAUUUUUUUGUUAAAUGGAUAUAUUUAUUUGAGCCUAUUUAGUUUUUUUUUCGUGUCCUGAUAUUGUUCACUUGAAUUAGCAUUCAUAGUUUAGAAUUACGAUUCACUAGAACUAUGACUAUCAGGGGGUAAAAUUAGUAAUUGGCUAAUAUACAACUCGAUCACUCCCAACUCAUCUCAAAUGUACAUGUUGUGAAUAACAAACGAGUUAGACUCAAGAAAUCAAGAAACUAAUUAAAGAGAACUCUAAUUGAGUCAAACAUCUAUAUGAUGAUUUUUUCGUGAUGUGAGUAGUAAGUUACAAACUCUUACAUAGUUACAGCCAUAUUUAUAAGCUUCAAAACCCUGGCAAAAGUCGAAUGGUUGGUCACAUAUUUUUUAAUUGCAUUUUCACCCUUUUAAGUAAUUUAUCUGAACUUCAUUUUGUUUGUGAGAAUGUUGCCAUAAGAUAGGUGUUUCAUCUUUUCGUUGUCAAAAAAAAAGAUAGCUGUUUCAUCUCCCCCCUCAUCUCUGCAAUUUGCAAAUAUCUUUACAAAUUAAAAG